AUGCACCGUCAGUUAAACGAACUGAACGUCGUACCAAAACUACCUCAGCAAUUUCAAAUGAUCACGAAUCAGUGCUGUAACGCAGCAUCGUAUUGUUGUGAUACUGUUCUCUCUCAGGAUAAUCCGAACCAAAUUCAAGGUACAAGUUGCGCGGCAACAUGGGAUGGUUGGCAGUGUUUCAGACGUACAUCGCCUGGCCCUCUUGCCGCGAGAUGUCCAAAUUACAUCUUUGGUGAUAAAAUUCUCGAGGAAAUAACCGAUGAUAAUUUCGCGAUAAAAACUUGUAACAUCGAUGGUCAGUGGUUAACAGUGAAUCGACCCUCUGGCAAAGCUGAAUGGACCGAUUAUUCUGGCUGUCUCACUCAAAAGGUACAUUUUUCUCUAUAUUCUCAAGCAAUGUUUCGUAUUCAUCGACAACUACUUCUAUCGCUCCUGAUGUCUGCACUCUUUUACCUGUUCAACUGCUUCUUUUUUGUCAUUGAUGGUGCACCUGGCUAUACGCUAUACCUAUCAAAUCAUAUCACUUGUCGAUUAUUAUUCACGGUUCAGCUUCGUUAUUUGCGUUUGGCAACAUCAACGUGGAUGUUCGCUGAAGGCGUUUAUUUGUACCGUAUUCUAGUGAACGCGUUUGCUGAACCCGAAUCGUUGAGGGCAUAUUUUAUCGUUUGUUGGGGAUUUCCCACGUUAGCAACGGCAAUGUACAGCGUGUUCCGUCAAUUCACGGAUAACAAUCAGAUGUGUUGGGUUUCGCCAUCAGAGAACUUCUCUAUUGAGUCGAUCAUUAUUGGUCCUUGUUUAUUAGCGCUUUGUGGCAAUUUCAUUUUGAUGAGUGGGAUUAUGUACGUGCUUGUUAAAAAGCUAAAGUACAAUCCACAUAUGGAGCCUGCUCAAUAUCGAAAAGCUGUGCGUGCAGUAUUCAUGCUUGUGCCGGUAUUUGGACUUCACUUUCUCUUCACGAUUUAUCGUCUUUCGAGUUAUACACAUCAAAUUAUCAAUCUCUUUCUGGAUGGCAUCCAGGGAUUCGUGGUAGCUGUCAUACUUUGCUACGCAAAUGGCCAUGUUCAAGAAUGUGUUCAUAAAACGGUCGUAAAAAAAUUAGACAAUCGAAAUUUGAAGAAACUGCACUUCGAACGAAGAGGACGAUUCAACAAAGAACGACAAAGUAGUGAUAAUCACCAAGCUGACAACAGCGUUACUGUAUCGUUCAUUCAACAAGCGACAUCGCAACACUCAUGA